UUGAGACGACUAACUGUUGUGUUUGUACAUUUUAAAUAUUUACUUUAAGAAGCUAACUCUUUAAUAUAUAGUUAGGCCUAAUUUCUAAGGUCAGUUAGCUAAAUUUAGAUCCCAUUAAAACCCACAUUUUAAUUAAAAAAAGAAAGAAAGAAAAGGAAACGAGUAGAAAACGUCUAUAUUUCGUGGUUAUAGUUGGUAUCAGACAGCUCUGGAGAUGUCAGUGCCUUUCUCCAACACUCACCUGAGAGUCCCGCGAGGUUUCGGAACACUUUUAGAGGGACUGGCCCGAGAGGUUCUCCGGGACCAGCCUGACAACAUCCCCGCAUAUGCAGCGCAGUAUUUCGACAAACUUCUAAAAAAAAGAGAAGAAAGUGGGGCGGAUCCUGCUGAGUGGGCUGCCAGACUAGAAGACAGGUUUUACAACAAUCCUGCCUUCAAGAAUACAGAGACAGCAGGUCCUGAAGUAGAAGCUGCAGCAGAGGCCGGAUCUAAAGAAAAGUCAACUGACUCCCAAACGGAAGAAGAACCAAGUCUUUCAGUCGAAGAAGCAACACUUUCCACUGAACAGUUUCCUAAUGCAGAUAAAACGGAUUCAGCUGGAAGCUCAGCUGAUUACGAAAAUCAUGAUACAACAGAAGAACUCACCGUUUCACAUGAAUUACAGCAUACAGAAAACACAUCUGUUACUGAUAAACAACCAGAUGAACAGAGUAGUACAGAAAAAGCUAAAACUAAUCAGGUUGACAGACCAGAACGUGAAGUCGAUGUUAACCCCGUUCCAAAAUGUACAACACACGAGCCUGAUAUACAUCUCUCUAAUUUGAUGGCAGCCAAAGAAAUAUCAAAUGUAGAUAUGAGCGAGGCAGGAGUGUUUGGAUAUGAGGAAGAAGAUACACCAGAUAAUACUUCCAAAAUUGAGGAGAUUGUUAGCUCCAAAGGAGAGGAAGGUGUUAAAGUAUCAGAACUAGUUGAGAGCCUUCAAUAUUUUGCUCUUGGUGAUGCAGAUGUCUGUGCUUCAGAGCUUGGAGGAUCAAAAAGAACAUUAGGAGAUGGUAUCUCUAAAGAAGAUGCAUAUAGUGCAGAAGAGGAAGAAACUGGUUUUAAAAUCCCUCCAGAAAACCAUCAGGGAGUACAUAAUGAUGAACAAGAAGCAGAUGAGAGGGAAACAGAAACUGACUCUUCUCAUGAGGAAACCAAUAAAGGAUUACUUCACUCUGAGAAAUGCUUAGAUAACAACUCCUUACCAAAGGAAGAUUCUUUGGUUGAGAUUAGUUUUGAGGAUGAUGCGGAGGAUAGGUGCAUUUCUGAAGUUGUGGGAAAAGAUCUUGCGAAGGAUGCUGCGAUGGAGGAUACGAUGACUAAUGUAUCAGAAAUGGCCCAACAAGACGAGUUCAAGGAGCUUGUAUCAAAUUCACCCGAUUUGAUUGAAUCAGACGGUCAAGAUAAAGCUGCAAUGAUGAUCAUAAGGAAGGAAGUUAUGUCAGAAGAUGAGGAAAUACAAAGCCACGAGGCACCAUUUAAUACUCUGAAAGAUAAAGAGGAAACAAAUCCUUUAGAUGAGAGUAAUGAUGAUGAAAGAGAGAUAGGUAGUAAAACCCCUGAAUUGGAAAACAAAAUUAAAGAUCUGGAAGUAGAUCCUAAAAAUGAUCAUGAAAUGCUUGAUGAAAAACUCAACCUAAAUAGAGAGAUGGAAGAUAAUAAUCCAUCUAAUGAGCAGGACGCUAAAGAAGAUGAAACAACACACACAGUUAGUACUGAAAGCUACAGUGAGAUGGAUGAUCAGGUCAUUAAUAAAAUGGUAAUACCAAACCCAUCACUUCUCACUGACUUAAAAAUGGCUGUGACAGAGAACAAAACCUUGGAGCAAAAUCAAGAACAUCUACCAGAACAGAAUGAGCAAAGUCCCAGAAUAGUUGGAGAGUCAGAUGAUGUUGCAGAAGAAAAGCAGGACACAUUGAAACAAGAAGAAGAAAUGGCUAAUUCUGAAGUGCAAGAGCCGAGUGAGAAACUGGAAAAAGAGGAGGCUAUCCUCUCCACUGUUUGUGCAGAUUUGACAGCUGAUGACCAUAAGGCGGAGGAAAGACCUGCUGCAUUUGAGGAGGACACCACAGAAUCUGGAAACAUCAAUGACAAGCAGGAGGAGUGCAGCCGACCCCAGGAGGAGGAGGACAUCAUGGACAUCCCCCUAGACGACCCGGAGGCCAACAGAGCUGCUGCCAAGAUUCAGGCUGGCUUUCGCGGCCACAUGACUCGUAAGAAGAUGAAGCCAGAGGACAAAACCGAAGGGGAGGAGAGACAGGAAGAUCGGGGGCAGUAGAGAGAGACGACACAUCUGUGCCGGAGCAGUGAUGCCCCUGGCCUGACCUGAGUGAUGAGAAGGAGAAGAGUCAAGAGGAGGUGGUGAGAGAGGGCUGGCACAAGCUGGUUUUCUGGCUUACCUUUUUAACCCUGCCCCCUGCACAAAUGAUUCCCUUUUUUUUCUAACAUGAGUUAGCUCUAGAGAAUGAACAGUGUUGAGGGUGUGUUAUGUGAAAUAUUUGUGAACUUUAACACUCCCUCCUUGCUUCUUCGAUGGCCUCAUCAAUGCGGAUAUGUUUGACCCAGAAUUUGCAACUCACUGCAUGUACUUGUGAAACUUCUGGUACUGUGCUAGUUUUUAGAUCAUGAUCUGUGAAUGUGAAAAAUGAAUGUCCUCCAAAUGCUAAACAGGGCUUAUGUUUUUUGAAUGGAUCAGUACAUAUAUCCUGUGUAUACACCUUGUAUGCAUCACUUUUGGUGAUUAGUGGCCUAUCAUGUUUGUUGAUUUGUAGUGUUUAUUGCAGUGCUUGUAUUUUGACAGUUAUCUGAUUUGCUUACAAAAUUAUUAAAGCAUCCAAAUCACCAAAAGAAAGUAGCUAUGUAUGUUCUAUUUGUUCUUUUUAUUUUUUUUGACCGCCUGAUAAGUCUUUUCACAACUCCAAGCAUUUUUUCUAUAAAUCUGAUCUUCCAGAGCAUUAAGCAUGCAGUAUCUCCACUCUUAUCCAUAUGCAUUUUAGUACAGCAUUACCUUAUAUGACAGUUCUAUAUGCUCUCUUUUUGUGUUGUGUAUUAUGAGUUUUAAAUACCCUUUAUGCUUCAAAAAUUAACAGAGUAAAAUCAGAGUUUUGGUGUAGAGACAUGGCAUUACACUAAUAAAUCCAUUCCAACCACA